AUGACGGUCCAGGCUUCCGCAUUCACACCCGAGGUGCUCAUCUCCGCGCCGCGCCGCUCUCCUGGUGUGCCCAAUGCUACAGGAGACCUCGUUCUAUACACGGUGUCGACGUACUCCUUUGAAACUCACUCCAAAUCUGCCCAGAUCCGUGUUCUCAGUCUCAAGGAUGGCGCCUCGCACCUCAUCUCCGAAGAUACUGGCGCUAGCAACCCCAUCUGGCUAAGCGACACUGAAGUUGCCUUCUUCAAGGGUACCGAACGGGGCACAUAUCUCUAUUACCAGAGCAUCGAAGCGCCGACAGCUGAACCCAACUGGAUUACCACUUUCCGUGGCUCUCUGUCCAGCGCCAAGGCCAAACCACUGUCUCACGGCAAGGUUGCCCUGGUCGCUGCUGCCAUCACCCAGCCCAGUGGCGCCAUAUUCUUCGCCGGCGACGAAAAGGAACCAUUUUCAAGCGGCAAGAUUUAUGACUCCCUCUUUGUCCGCCACUGGGAUACCUGGAAGACCAAGACAGAGAAUGCGCUCUGGUACGGCCAGCUGGCCAAGCGCGACGGCCAGUGGACGCUCGAGUGCAACAGCUGGAAUCUGCUCGCCGGCAUCGAGCUGGCAUCUCCCGUUGGGCCCUUUGGAGGCGCCACCGACUUUGACAUUCACGAGACAGGCGUCGCUUUCGUCGCCAAAGACCCCACGCUCAACCUCGCCCGCUACACCAAGACUGAUCUGUACUUUGUGCCGCUCCAGUCCUAUCUUAUGCGCCCGGGCUACCCGCAGAUUGUCAACACAGGCAACCUGGUCGGCUACACCCACAACCCUACCUUUUCGCGCGAUGGCAAGUCUCUUGCCUUCCUUCGAAUGAAAGAGAAGCAGAACGAGGCCGACAAGCACCAGCUGCUCGUCAUUCCCGAUAUCAACAAUCUUCAAGACUUUAAAAUCUUCUACCCAACCAGCGACGACAGAGGAAGCUGGGAUCGUAGCCCCGGCUCCAUUCUGUGGACCGCUGACAACAAACACCUGAUACUCACUGCUGAGCAGCACGGCAGAGUUCUUCUCUGGAAGGUCCCCGCGUCUUCCUCAGAGGCCAAGGACCUUCCCACACCCAUCUUCGAGGAUGGUACUGUCGUUGACGUCUAUCUAUUGGGGAACAGCACCGAGCUCUUCGUCUCCUCACGAACUCUCGUUGAGAGCAGUAGAUACCUGACUCUGGACCAUGAGAGCAAGCACAUUACAGAUAUUUCCUCGAGUGCCAAGAAUGGUAAGACCUUUGGCUUGACACGGGAACAAUGUUUCGAUAUUUGGUACCCCGGCUCUGCUGGAUACGACAACCAUGCCCUAUGCAUGGUCCCCUCCAACUUUGACAAGAAGAAAAAGUAUCCGCUCGCUUUCGUUAUUCACGGCGGCCCGCAAAGUGCCUGGCUAGACGACUGGAGCACUCGAUGGAACCCGGCCAUCCUUGCUGAGCAGGGAUAUGUAGUUGUCUGCCCCAACCCAACCGGCAGCACUGGUUAUGGUCAGGCUCACACGGACGCCAUUGUAUGCAACUGGGGCGGUGCACCGUACCAGGAUCUUGUCAAGGCUUUUGAGUAUAUUGAGAAGGAUAUGCCCUUUGUUGAUAUUGACCGCUCCGUAGCCCUCGGCGCAUCAUACGGCGGCUACAUGAUGAAUUGGAUUCAGGGCCACCCUCUUGGCCGGCGAUUCAAGGCCAUUGUUUGCCACGACGGCGUCUUUUCUACUCUAAGCCAGUGGUCCACCGAGGAGCUCUUCUUCCCCGAGCACGACUUUGGCGGCACUCUGUGGGACAAUCGUGAAAAUUAUGAGAAGUGGGAUCCUGCUCGUCACACUGGUAACUGGGAGACGCCCAUGUUGGUUAUCCACAACGAACUCGACUACCGCCUCAGCAUCGCCGAGGGCUUGGCCAUGUUCAAUGUGCUCCAGGCGCGCAGCAUCCCAAGCAAGCUCUUGGUGUUUCCCGAUGAGAACCACUGGGUGCUGAAGCCAGAGAACUCUCUUGUGUGGCAUAGAGAGGUGCUAAACUGGAUCAACAAGUUCAGCGGUGUAUCGUCGUAG